GGCUCCAGUUAUCUUUAAAAACCCACUCGUCCCCUAUUUGGUUUCUGUACGCUCAGGCCAGGGUUUGCCUUGGUGAAAAAAAUUCGGAGCGAAACGCGGUUAAGUAAGCCUACACAAUCGAAGGUGGUGGUGGGGAACCCACAACAGAAAAACGUGUCGAUUUUAUUCAUGCUCCCGGCCCAGCCUUUAACCCAGUUUAGCCAAUUGCCGGGCGGCUUCUUCCCCUCCUCCCCUCGGCGUUUCAUCGCUGCCGAGUUACUAGCUCCGUGGUCCAGUUCAGCAACAUCGCCCCCGCCCCCUGCUCCCGCCCCCAGCGUGGCAGUUGGCGCAGCUGCUUCCCAUUCUACUCCAGGCAGGAGGGGGCGUGAUGACGUCAGCGCGGCGUCAGCCUCGGCCGGGAGAGGGCCGGGGGCGCCUGUCUCCGGGAGGGGUGCAGGUCUAACUGCUGCCCCUGGCCCUGGGCCCCCGACAGCCCCAGCUUUCCGGGAAAGAGUGACCGAAGCCCGGGAGAGGCCGCCCUGGAAGCCGGACCUGUGUCUCUUUCUCCCUUUGCCAACCACGCCCCCCGGGGACUGCGAUCUUACCUCAAAGAAGACUGUUUUGAAGACAUUUCCAUUUUCUUCUUCAGAGCAAUAAAUUUCAGUAUGGAGACCUAGUAUUUUUAAAGGGACAUGGUCUAAAUCCUGGGAGGUAGUUUUGUGCUUGAAUAUAGAUAUUAAAUAAUGAUGGAUGAUUUAAAAAUCUCUUUUCAGAGUUAAUGAUGCAUUAUACAUCCAUAUAAUAAUUUUUUGGUAGGGUAACAAUUUUUAUGCAUAUAGGAAAACACUGUAAGGUUUUUCUGAAACGUUUUGUGACCUGAUAUAUCUGUGAUGUUUAGAAUCUAAUGUUGUGAUAUAAAAAUUGUAGCUCUUCUAUAUAUAUGGUCCCCAGAUGUACAUGUUAUAUCAUUUAAUUUUUUAAAUACAAUGAAAAGCUUCUGUUAUAGACAUUAAACACUUUUUCGAAGUUAUAUCUGUUCUGUAGGAAAAGUGUAAUAUCAGGUAGUUCUAAAUUGUACAAAAUUUGAGUAUUGGUUAUAAGUAGAAGACUAACAAAUACGGCAAAAACAUUGAAUCAGCAGCACUUCAUGUCAAAACGGAAGAAUAACUUUGCGUGCCAUUUAGCAAGCGACAAAAUAUAGAAGGAAAGCAAAUUUGGUCACAUGAAACCAUAUCCAUCUUUAUUUAGUGUACAAGUUUAUGUGUGUGUGUUGGGCUUUGAAAUUGAAGUUAAAGAUUGUAAAGCAUUCCAUUAACUUUUCAAGCAUGCCCUCAAUUUAGGAAUAUAAUUUAAAAUAUUUCUAACACUUUAAAGUUGAUUUCAAGGGUUUAAGAUAUUUUCGGGCUCCUGUAAAAUUCCUUUAGGAAAAUGAGUAUUAAAUAUCUAAAGUGAUUAUUUUUUUCUCUUCUGUAGCACAGUAUAUAUUUUUUAAUGAUCAGGGUUUACAGUUUCCUACAAAAAGCAAAUAAAGAUAGGUAAUUUGAGUUUUCUUUAACUUAAGGUUUUUGAAACAGAGAAAUACACAUAUGCAUAUGAACAUAAAUGUGGGCUUAAGGUAUACAUCUUUAAAAGUGCAUCAUUUCAGUCCAUUGAGGUAACAUUGUAAUAAAUGAGCAACACAAUGCCUAAAUAAAUAAAUAAAGCCUGAUGAAAGAGUUAAUUAAAUCCAAAGUAUAAUACUAGAUGCCAUACAGGUAACGUGGGAGAAUUACUCUAUUUCUUACAGGGGUCCUUUGAUGUAAUUCUAAUGCUGGACAUCUAAUAACAAACACAAUUGACUCAGAUCUCAGUGUUUAGUGUAAAAAAAUGAAAAAAUUCACUUGUAUAUUUUUAGCCAAAUAUAUAAAUAAUAUUACAAAUCCACGCACAAAACUACCUCCCAGAGAAAGACUUGUCCCAUAUUAUUCACCAAAUACUUAAUUAUGAACUCGGUAGAGGACGGUGUGCUGUUAUCACGUUUGAUGAAUAGUGAUGCACAUGAAAUGAAAUAUGACUUGUCAUGUGAACUCUACAGAAUGUCUACAUACUCUACUUUCCCAGUCAAUGUUCCAAUCUCAGAAAGGAGUCUUGCUCGGGCUGGAUUUUAUUACACUGGUGUGAACGACAGAGUUAAAUGUUUCUGUUGUGGCUUAAUGCUGGAUAAUUGGAAACAAGGAGACAAUGCUAUUGACAAACAUAAACAACUAUAUCCUAGCUGUGCUUUUAUUCAGAAUUUGAUUGCAGUUAAUCUGGGGUCUUCUCAGUCUACAUUUUCUUCUUCAGUGAAUAAUGCCCCACGUUCAUUAUCUUCCAGUUCAGAACAAAGUGGAUAUUUCAGUGGUUCUUAUUCCAGUUUUCCACUGGAUCCAGUGACUUCCAGGGCAGCUGAGGACUUGUCCCCUUUGAACACCAGCCCCUACAGUUACUCAAUGAGUACUGAAGAUGCCAGAAUCCUUACUUAUCAGAUGUGGCCGUUGACGUUUCUGUCACCAUUAGAUCUGGCAAGAGCUGGUUUUUACUACAUAGGACCUGGAGACAUGGUAGCUUGCUUUGCCUGUGGUGGGAAACUGAGUAAUUGGGAACCAAAAGAUGAUGCCAUGUCAGAACAUCGGAGACAUUUUCCUAACUGUCCUUUCCUGGAAAAUCAACUCCAAGAAACAUCAAGGUUAAGCGUCUCUAAUCUGAGCAUGCAAACCCAUGCAGCCCGUAUGAAAACCUUUGUGACCUGGCCACCUCAAAUUCCUGUCCAUCCAGAGCAGCUUGCAAGUGCUGGCUUUUAUUAUGUGGGUCGAAAUGAUGAUGUCAAAUGCUUUUGCUGUGAUGGUGGACUGAGGUGUUGGGAAUCAGGAGAUGAUCCUUGGGUGGAGCAUGCCAAAUGGUUCCCAAGGUGUGAGUACUUGAUACGAAUGAAAGGACAAGAGUUUGUUGAUCAAGUUCAAGCUAGGUACCCUCAUCUCCUUGAACAGCUAUUGUCAACUUCAGAUGCUCCAGGGGAUGAAAGUGCUGAUCUACCAAUUAUUCAUUUUGGACCUGGUGAAAAUAAUUCCGAAGAUGCUGUCAUGAUGAACACUCCGGUGAUUAAAGCUGCUUUGGAAAUGGGCUUCAGUAGAAGUCUGGUAAAACAGAUUGUUCAGAGUAAAAUCUUAACAACUGGAGAAAAUUAUAAAACAGUCAAUGACGUUGUAUCAGAUCUUCUCAAUGCAGAAGAUGAAAAAAGGAAGGAAGAGAAAGAGAGACAAACUGAAGAAAUGGCAUCAGAUGACCUGACAUUAAUUCGGAAGAAUAGAAUGGCUCUGUUUCAGCAUUUGACCUGUGUACUUCCUAUCCUGGAUAGUCUCUUAACAUCGGGUGUGAUUAAUGAGCAGGAACAUGAUGUUAUUAAACAAAAAACACAGACGUCUCUACAAGCAAGAGAACUGAUUGAUACCAUUUUAGUCAAAGGAAAUGCUGCAGCCAAUAUUUUUAAAAAUUGUCUCAAAGAAAUUGAUUCUGUGUUGUAUAACAAUUUAUUUGUGGAAAAGAACAUGAAGUAUAUUCCAACAGAAGAUGUUUCAGGUCUUCCUAUGGAAGAACAGCUUAGGAGAUUACAGGAAGAAAGAACAUGUAAAGUUUGUAUGGACAAAGAAGUUUCUAUUGUAUUUAUUCCUUGUGGUCAUCUGGUAGUAUGCAAAGAAUGUGCACCUUCUCUAAGAAAAUGCCCUAUUUGCAGGGGUAUAAUCAAAGGUACAGUUCGUACAUUUCUUUCAUGAAAAGAAUCCAUACUUCCAAAUUUGUAUGGAGACAACUUCAAAAUGGUCAGUCAGGAGCCACUGAAGCCUUUUGGAAGAAAGAAAAAAGUAUUUUAAGGCUUUUUAAAGCAACUUAACAUACAAUUCUGCUUUGAUAUCAGUUACUUGGUUUUCUUAAAGUACAUGGUGUUGUUCAUAUACUAGAGUAUAUAUUCCUUGAAAGUUUGCGUGUUUAUGUGUUUGUGUGCAUGUUUUUGUGUUGGAAGAACAGGAUAUGAUACUGCGUGCUUGAAAGUAUAAGGAUAUAGACAUACUGUUAUUCACCAUUUUUGAAUAAUUGAACUUGGCUAGCUUACUAGAAGAUUUGAGUACUACAUAAGUAUAGUUAUAGAUGUGGGAACCAGGAGCCUCCAAAUUUGCCAUAACUAUGGUGUCAUUUUUGGGGGUAGCUUUUAACAAUUUUGUUGCAAAAGACUAAUUAGUCGAGGUGAAAAUUUUUCCUAAUAUGAGGAACAGAUUAUUAGCAUCAUUUAAAAGAGAGACUUAAUCUAAAUGUUUUGACUCAGUUGAAUAUAUAUAUCUUUGGUGUGAUGUUUUCUUGUCUUUAAAGAUAAGAUUUCAGAUUACAUCUCAUUUUCUCAACACUUCUAACAAGUGAAUAUCUGAAUUUAGGACAUAAGAUUAGAAAGUAGCUUUGUGCAUUAAAAUAAUGUGAUUUACAAAAGGGUUUCUUUAGUGAUCUGUAGUUUAUGUAAGGUGAUUCUGUUUCAGGAGCAUAGCUGUUGUAUGUCUGUUCAUUGUAAAAAAUAAAUAAUGCUGAUGCGGUAGUAUGAUACUACCACAUUCUUUAUAAGCUAAAUUAUAUUUGUUUUGUGAAACUUAUGUAAUAAUGUCCCUUUUCAUAAUGUGUUUCUACUGUAAUUGUUUUUAUGUAUUCUUUGUACUGUGUUAAUAGUUUUAAUGUUUGAAUAUGAUGCCUGGUGUGAAGAUAUCUUCAACUAUCUGGUUGUUAUCUUUGUGUUUCCUACAGUGCCUUGCACAUCGUAGUCACUCAAUAAAUAUUUGUUAAUUAAAGAACUAAAAACUGCACUGAAACAGUGAGUUCUGUGCUUUGAUAGUCUGCCUGUGGAGUUGUCAGUGUAGAAGCCUUCUUAUGUGAGUGGUUCUCUGGUAGUUCCUUCAUAUUGUAAGAAAAUUACAAUUAAAAAAUAUAAUUAACCUUGAAA